UAAGUCGAUGUAUCGACACGUAAUCCCUGCGGGAAUUUCGAGAUGAAACUGCAAAUAUAUAUAUAGAAUCUAGAAUCCCCUCCAACCCGACCAGUUGAACACGCAAAUCCUAUCGUUACUUUUCGUCAGUGCUAUAAGGCACCGCGAGAUUUGCUAUUUUGUGUUGAGUUUUGACAUUAUUAUCGUCGUUUGGAGUUCCGUGUCGUCGUCUGUUGGUGAAUCUAGAAGAUUUUCAAGAUGAGUCUACAGUGGACUUUGAUUGCCGGUUUUUUAUACACUGAAGUGGCAGUAGUCUUGUUACUACUUCUGCCAGGAAUUUCACCAUCUAGAUGGCAGAAAGUCUUUCGGUCAAGAAUUUUGAAGGCCUUGUCAAAUCAAGCCGGUGUAUAUUUUACGGUCUUAUUGGCUGUACUUUGCCUUUUCCUCUUGGAUGCUCUGCGUGAGAUGCGAAAGUAUUCAGGGGACACUGAUGUUAAGCAUGAGUCACACCAGCACCUGGAUGCUGAAAUGCAGACCAACAUGCGUCUUUUCAGAGCACAGCGCAAUUUCUACAUUUCUGGCUUCGCUCUAUUUCUGUGUUUGGUGAUCAAACGUCUUGCCAGCCUGAUUUCUACUCAAGCCCAGCUGUCUGCUGACAAUGAGGCAGCUCUCAAACAAGCAAGAUCUGCUACAACAACAGCAAGGAACAUGAUGGUUGGGAAAGGAGAGGAAGCCCAAAACAGUUCAAAUGAGGUAUCUGCUCAGGUCAAGAAACAAUUGAAAGAAAAGGAAGAUCUUAUCUCCAAUCUCCAGGAGGAGCUGAACAAGAAAACUCAGGAAGUUAAGGAGCUUAAGUCUGAGAAUGAAAAAAAGAAAAAGGAUCAUGAUGCAAUUCUCUCUCAACAGAAAGGACUGUCCCGAGAGUAUGACCGACUUGCUGAUGAAAAUGCCAAAUUACAGAAGCUAAUGGAUUCUGCAAACAAGAAAGAGGACUGAUUUAAUGGAAGGAAGAAGGAGGAACUUAAAGAAUUAUUGUCAAAGGAUAUGAUGUAAUUAUUGUUAACAUGACAUUAUUCAAGGCAACCUUGUAAUUGUGUGAUGUAACUAUGUUGGAUAAAUAAUGGAGUUAUUGGUUUUGAUGUAAGAGGUGUUGGACUGACUUUGCCUAAUAUUUUUGUGAUUUUAAUGCAGAUAGGUUUUACUUUAUUAUAAACAUUAUUUCUAAUAUAAGGCCUAUAGUCAGGAACCAUGAUUGGAAAAUGUUCUGUAUUCUUUGUCAGCGGAUAUUUAUUUAAUUUUGGUUUGUGUUGUUUCUUUUUUUACUUGCUGUACAUUUUAAUUGCUCUCACAAGUUUUGAUGUUACACCAUUUUCAUUACAUUUUUCAUGCUUAGUUAUUUAGUCUUGUUUUUAUCCCUGAUCGUUACCCUUCCAUGGUUGCAUUUAGUUUUGAUGUACUUACAUCUUGGUUGUAGAGAUACAGUAUGUUACUGGAAUUUGAACAGCUUGGAAAGCCAGUAAGGCUGAGAAUCCCUAGCACUUAACCACAAGCAUACACUAUGCUAAAAUACUAGAUAUAACAGAUUAAGUAGGCUUGACCUAGAAUUUGUAUGGCAUUAAGCCCCUGAUUAAAUGCAAACCAACCCAUAAUGUUGCUAAAUUUGUGAAUCUUUCAGCAAAUAAAAUUUGUGUUUCUUUGUA